AUGUCCAGUCUUCACCUCAUCUCAUCCUCCUCGUCUCUCCUUAUCCUCGGUACUUCCCUAGCGACCUACUCUGCCUUCCGAUUAGUCAAGCUAGCUGUGGAACAUAAGAAACCCGUAUUGAUGAUUACCACUGGACCAACUCGUGCAGACCCGUUCAUGGGUAAUGGGCUGGAGAAGAUGGACAGAGUAGCCGGGGAUGUGUUGGGAAAGUAUCUGGAUGAGGCUGUAAAAACAAGCACAGGCAAGGAAGUGGAGGAUGUGAAGCGGUAUCUGCAUACAGGUGUAGUAAAGAGACCACCCGAGGUUGAGGGACCGCGAGCAGAAGGAUAA